AUGUUAGUGGUCCCCCAGGGGACAGGGGAGUGUUCGGAGCCCAGUGCCAUGCAGACCAGUGUUACCAUUAGUCGGUUCGUGGGCCAGAAUCUGAUGCGUCUGCAGAAGCUGGGCGUGACCCACAUCCUGAAUGUGGCGGAAGGCAACUCCUUCAUGCACGUCAACACCAAUGCAGAUUUUUACGCGGGCUCGGGCAUCACCUACCAUGGCAUCCAGGCCAAUGACAAGCCGCAGUUCAACCUCAGUAACUUUUUUGAGGAGGGGGCGGACUUUAUCGAGAAGGCUCUAGCACACAACAAUGGCAAAGGGAAGGUGUACGUCCACUGCCGAGAGGGCUACAGCCGCUCGCCCACCGUUGUCAUCGCUUAG